AUGGAGUCUUCUGCAACUGUUUCCCUAGGAUCUCUCUUACCGCCUAAACCACCAGAUCCAGAUCUCGACAUGGUGUUUCCAACGGAUCCGCCAGUCCCUCCUGUCCCUCCCGACCCUCCACCGAUUAUCCUGGUUAGAGCUUCUCUCUACCAAAUCCCAUCUUACGCCGUACCUUUCCGUCAAAAACUAUCCAUUCCGUCGGAACCACCAGAUCUGGAUUCUCUGAGUUCAAACUCUGGAUCUCGAGGCUGUGAUGUUGUCCUCUUGUUCUCUAGUGUCUCAUCAUCCGGCUAUGGAUGUCUCGCCUUCAGACCAUUUCCUCAGAUUUUCACCCAGAUUUCAACUCUAAAGUAUCCAUCCAAGAUGGUGACAAAAAAUGAUGGUGAUGGUUGUCUUCGUGUGUCCGCUAGCGACACUUCUUUCGCCUUCCGGCUCUUAUUUCCUAUGAUAUGCAGGUCUUUAUUUGGUUGUGCCAACUGGCCUACCACUCCUCCUUUAUGCAGUUCUUCUACGGGUUUCUUUCUGGAUGUUGGUGUUGUGUUUGUGUAUCUCUUUUCUUGGUGGCAGGUAGAAGAGAAACUCAUUGUCAUCUUUAUCCCGAAGAAUAUGGAUGUGGCGGGUUACGAUUUCCUGCUGGUCCCUUGUUUGAAUCAGUCUCCUCUCCUAAUAUUUCCUCCUAUAUGGAGUAAAUUGGAUGUACAAGUUUCGUUGGUAUUGCAAGGAUUUUCCUCCCUUCGAAUGCUCUUCUCUGCGUAUGGUGCACUGUGUGUGGUCUUACAGGUUAUACUAGAUGCGGUCUUUGAAGAAACUUAUAAUGUUGUUGUGAUACGAUUUCAUAUUGUUCCUUUUUGUGAUUUGUAUCGCCAUUCUAUCUCCUAUGUUAUUGUUGUUUCUGUUUGUUUGGCUGUCAAUAGCCCCUUAUGUUAUUGUUGUUUCUGA